AUGGCCACACCAUUUCUUAUCUCAUACCCCUCCAACCCCACCUCCGGACUCAACCUUAAGCAGAUCGCCUACUUCGGGCGAGUGCUAGUCAAGGUCUCAAGUCUUGGGGAAGCCGAGCAAUUCCUGCGCCAGAACUUCCGUAACAUUGAUGUCUUCAUCGACGCGACUGCCAUCUCGUCGUCCGGAGAUCUCGUCGAUAUCCUCAAUGCCGGCGCCGCCAAGAUCCUGAUCACUAUCGACCAAUUGUCCACCCUCUCACAGGAACAGUCCGUUCCUUCGUCUCGUUUGCUUGUAUCCACCCUCUCCGAUGAUCAGCUAGUUACUCUUCAACAGUGGGCCAGCACCCCCGAACGCAGUGAGGUCAGCGUCUGCGUCGAGCCCUCUGCCAUUGCCGACGCUGCUACGAAAUUGAACAUCAGCUCCGAUUCACCCCGACUUUUCGCAACUUAUGGAGAUCAGGAUAUCUCCGAGGAGUCAGCGACACAGAUCAUGAAGAAGGGUGCCAUUGCUAUCAUUUCCACCGAGAAGUUGACGGCCGAACGUGAUGUUGCGGGUCAGCUUUCUGCCGCCAAGCUCCUUGCAUCAUGCGCCAUCACCGACCAGUCCAAUGGCCUAUAUGCUACAUCCGUCACAGACGAGCGGGGCUCAUGUCUGGGUUUCGUCUGGAGUAGCGAUGAGAGCAUCGCCGAGGCUAUUCGCACAGGUACUGGUGUUUACCAGAGCCGCAAGCGUGGUCUGUGGUACAAGGGCCAGUCCAGCGGUGAUGUGCAGGAAUUGAUCCGUAUUGGCUAUGACUGUGAUGCCGACUGUCUGGUCUUUGUGGUCAAGCAGAUUGGCCGAGGCUUCUGCCACCUUGGCACCGACUCUUGCUUCGGUUCCUCUACUGGUCUUUCUCGUCUCCAGAAGACUCUCCAGGCCCGCAAGGCUGAUGCUCCUGCUGGUUCUUACACUGCUCGUCUGUUCAAUGAGCCGAAGCUUGCUGCGGCCAAGAUCAUGGAGGAGGCCGAGGAGCUGUGCACUGCUACUACCAAGGAGGAGAUUGCCUUUGAGGCAGCCGACCUGUUCUACUUUGCGCUGACCAGGUGCACCGCUGCCGGUGUUACUCUAGAGGACAUUGAGCGGAAUCUCGACCUCAAGAGCUUGAAGGUCAAACGGAGAAAGGGUGAUGCCAAGGGCCCUUGGGCCGAGAAGGCUGGGUUGGUUCCUACUCCUACCCCCGCCCCCGCCCCCGCCCCAGUCGAGUCUCAACCUCCAGUUGAGGACCGCUCGCGCAUUGAAAUGAAGCGUGUGAUUACCGCUUCGACCCCCGUCACCGAAGUCAAGGAAUACCUCCAGCGUCCUUCGCAGAAGUCCAACGAUGCCAUUGUUGGUCUCGUUAAGCCCAUCAUCCAGGAUGUUCGCGAGAACGGCGAUGCUGGUGUGCUCAAGUAUACUCACAAGUUCGAGAAGGCUACUUCUCUGACCUCUCCUGUCAUUCACGCGCCGUUCCCAGCUGAGCUUAUGAAGUUGACCCCCGAGGUGCAGGAAGCUAUUGAUGUCAGCAUUGGCAAUAUCAAGCGUUUCCACAGCGCCCAAGGGAACAGUAACGAUAUUCUCAAGGUCGAGACUAUGCCUGGUGUCGUCUGCUCUCGUUUCUCUCGUCCAAUUGAGCGCGUUGGUUUGUACGUUCCCGGCGGUACUGCAGUGCUUCCAUCCACUGCCAUGAUGCUGGGUGUCCCCGCCAUGGUGGCCGGCUGCCAAAAGAUCAUCCUAGCUUCGCCACCCCGCGCCGAUGGCAGCAUUUCCCCUGAGAUCGUCUACGUAGCCCACAAGGUUGGUGCCGAAAGCAUUGUUCUGGCUGGUGGUGCCCAGGCUGUGGCUGCCAUGGCUUACGGUACUGAAAGCAUCAGCAAGGUCGACAAGAUUCUGGGCCCGGGUAAUCAGUUUGUGACCGCAGCUAAGAUGCUUGUGUCCAACGAUACCUCUGCAACUGUCAGCAUUGACAUGCCCGCUGGCCCCAGUGAGGUGCUUGUCAUUGCCGACAAGACCGCCAACCCGGCCUUUGUUGCCUCUGAUCUGCUGAGCCAGGCCGAGCACGGCGUUGACUCCCAGGUUAUUCUGAUCGCCAUUGAUCUCUCCGAGAAGGAGCUGCGUGCUAUCGAGGAUGAGGUCGAUGUGCAGGCCAAGGCCCUGCCGCGUAUGGAUAUCGUCCGCGGCUCCCUGUCUCACUCUGUCACCUUUGUUGUACGGGAUAUUAAGGAGGCCAUGCUUCUCAGCAAUGAAUACGCCCCCGAGCACUUGAUCCUGCAGGUUGAGAACCCUGAAGCUGUCGUCGAAUCAGUCCAGAAUGCUGGUAGUGUGUUCAUCGGUCCCUGGACCCCCGAGAGUGUUGGCGACUACUCUGCCGGUACUAAUCACUCUCUACCUACAUAUGGCUAUGCUAAGCAGUACUCGGGUGUCAACCUGGGCUCAUUCCUGAAGCACAUCACUAGCUCAAAUUUGACAGCUGAAGGUCUGCUCGGCCUGUCAAAGACUGUCGAGACUCUCGCUGCAGUUGAGGGCCUGGACGCUCACAAGAAUGCUGUCAGCAUCCGUGUUGCGCAGAUGAAGAAGGACCGUUCAUAG